CUGUUGUCGCACAGAUGGCGUCACCACGCUGCCGACGCGUUUUUAGGCAGUUCUCAUCCAUUUUGAUUGUUGGAUGUUCGAUGCUGAUCGUGAUGACAGUUUUGAAGAUUAUAGGCGACAGAUCGCCAGUGUGUAAAGGCAGUGUUCCUGAUAAAAUCCCAACGAAGCUGAAAAAAGGAGCUUCAUUGCCACCCAAUGCCCGCCAAUUGGGAUCCGAAGAUAAAUCUUUGCCAAGGACAUCCCAAAUAGGAAAGCAUCAUUAUUCUCACCACACAGACAUCAUUCUCAACCCAGGGGCAAUCAGACCAUUCCCUACCCUCCCGUCUUACCCGCUGAAACCCGGCGGAGCAGGGAGACAUUACAACCCCGGUGUACUUUUGUCCUUUUUCCAAUCGGAACUCACGGCUGAAGAUAAAGAAAUCUUUACAAAUAUACUAGGUACCAUAGACAGGGUAUGCAGGGAGAACAAUAUCACCUAUUUCAUGUCUGCGGGCACCUUGCUCGGGUCAUACAGACACCAUGGUAUGAUUCCAUGGGAUGUUGAUGCCGACAUUCAUUGCAGCGUCCGCGGUAAGGCAAAACUGACGGAGGCAUUUUCAAAACAUGCUCCAGACUAUGUUGUUCAUACCCCGCUCCACACCCGCUACCCGGGGUUACUGAAGGUCUAUUACAAGUGGUCAAAUAUCACGGUGGACGAGUGGAAAUGGCCAGCAGUCGACAUAUUCCUGUACGCAGAAAACCAAACACACAUUUGGGAUAUUCCUCGGAAUUUAAGCGGAAACACAGUUCCCAGCUCCAGCAAACUCUACAGGAGAUUCGAAAAAAGAGUCCUGUUUCCUCUUCAUAGGCGUCCGUUUGGUAACAUCUUUCUCAACGCCCCUCGCGAUUCUUUUGCCUAUCUUAAGUUGUUUUAUGACAGUACAGGGUGCCUAAAACAACUGCAUAGACAAUACGCAAUACAGAUUCCCUGCAAGGAACUGGAGAACGUCGUGCCGUUCGUUUACAGAGAGGGGGUCGCCAAUGGAUCGGGCGUGAAAGAAAAGCUGAUGAUGGGUAACACGGUGUUACAAGAAUUCAUUAUUGACGAGCCAAGUUACGCUGUAACAAAACGUUAUAGUCUGGAGUUGGUGGAACACAAUGAAGACGGACGAGAUUCGGCAGAAAUAAAAAAAUAAAUAAAUAAAUGACAAUGCGAAACAUUUUAAUUGAAUUUUAUCAGUCAAGGAGAUUAUUUUUGUUGUUCUUUUACUAACAUUCGUUCCAUUUUCUUUAGCUAUGCAGUUUUUUUUCGUUUUACACCAAUACCUCUGAAUAUCAUAACAUUAUAACUUAUUUUAAAUUGUAAUCAUUUUCACUGUUAUAACUUCAACAGGUGACAAAAAAUUCAAUUCCAUUCAUACUUUAUUUACUCUUACAUAAUAUGUACAGGCUGUAAAUUUACACGUGCAAUAUUUACAUGUUUUAAUAAAUUUUAAUGGGAGCGCUGGCAUUUCAGACAACUUCGUCACUCACUGUAUGUAUUGACGUCAGUUUUGGCAAAUUCUGACCCAAGACUUGGAAAUGCACAAAGAUAUACAAAGUCAGUUUUUGCUUGACAAACGAAAACGCAGUAUUUGCCGAACAUAGGUUUACACCCACUCUUUACGAAACAUUUUGUCAAACUUUCCACAGACUGGGCCAAUAUGGGCAAAGAAGCAGCUGACUCAGAAUUUCAACGGAAACCACGCAAGGAACAAUGACCAUUAUGCUAAUGUUAGUUUAC